AUGGAGCAGCACAAGCCAGUGAUGAUUCCAGUCACCCUGAAGGGUCCUAACUACAUUACCUGGUCGAGAUUGACCAGGACAACUCUUUGGGGAAGAGGUCUAUGGGAGCACAUCACCACCAGUGAAGCCCCAAGACAAAUCACCCAAGGAGAAGAUGGCAAGGAGGUUGUAGUGGUAGAUGAAGGCAAAUGGGGUCAGGAGGAUCUCAUGGUGCUGUCUAUCUUGCAAGGCUCACUUGAUACUCCUAUCAUGGAGUCUUACUCACAUUGUGAGACUGCAAAGAAGCUAUGGGAUACCUUAUACAAGGUAUAUGGCAACACUUCAAACCUCACCAGAAUUUUUGAGGUUAAAAGGGCAAUCAGCAACUUGCAGCAAGAGGAGAUGGACUUCACCAAGCACCUUGGGAAGUACAGCCAGCUGUGGUCUGAACUUGAGAUGCUGAGACCAAGUACCACUGAUCCUAGUACACUAGAAGAGAGGCGUGAGCAAGACAAGGUCUUUGGAUUGCUUCUCACACUCAACCCAAGCUUCAAUGAUGUACUUAAACACAUAUUGAGAGCUAAAGAGUUUCCAAGCUAUGAUGAUGUGUGUUCUCAACUUCAGAAGGAUCUAGGCUCAGAUGGUCUCUUUGGUGGAAAAUGGGAACUGUCUAUGGCAAACAAAGAUGAGAAGAUGGAGAGUGCUUCAAUCAACAAAGCACACUUCAAACCAAGAAGAGGAGGAGACAAGUCUGUGACUUGUGGGCACUGCAAGAAUCUAGGCCACUCCAAAACCAAUUGUUGGAUCCUUCAUCCUCACCUCAGACCUGCUUCAACCAACAGAUACAACCAGGCUAGAGCACAUGAAGCAAGAGCUCAUGAGACCACAGUAUCAGGCUCCAUGUGCAUAGGAGAAAAUGGAAGAGCUAUGAUCUCAACCACCCACACUGGUGGAUCCACAUCUCAUGCCAUGUCUCAGCCAUCUCCUGAUGAUGCCUUCAUCCGCAAGUCAGACAUUGAAGCUCUUAUCAAGGCUAUCAAUGCAAACUCUGGUAACAUCAGUGUCAAUGCUUUAAAUUCUAUUCACAGUGCUUCACACACUACUAGACCUUUGAUCAUUGACUCAGGAGCUUCUCAUCAUAUGAUUAGGGAUGCUAGACUGAUUAGUGAUGUUAAACCUGCUCUAGAUAUUAAGACCAGUAAGAUGUUGGGAAAGGGUGUGAGCAAGGGAGAGCUUUACUUGCUUGAAGACACCAAGCUUUCAGAUUUAUCUUGUGCUUUCAAUUCUGCUUCUGUUUUAGCUAGUGAUGUUUUAUGGUCUGAUAAUGGUGGGGAAUACACAAGCACUGCUUUCAAACAUCACUUAGCAAAACAUGGCAUAAUCCAUCAAACAAGCUGCUCAUACACACCACAACAGAAUGGAGUUGCUGAAAAGAAGAAUCACCAUCUUAUGGAGGUUGGAAGGAGCAUGAUGUUCCAUAUCAAUGUUCCAAAGAGGUUCUGGGGAGAUGCUGUGGUCUCAGCAUGUUAUUUGAUCAACAGGAUCCCCACCAAAGUCCUCCAAGAUAUCUCUCUCUUUCAGGUAUUAAACAAAAUAAAACCUCCAAUUGAUCACUUGCGUCUUUUUGGGUGUGUGUGCUAUGUCUUGAUACCAGGAGAACAUAGAAACAAGCUUGAAGCCAAGAGUGUCAAAGGCAUGUUCAUAGGAUAUACUCAUGCGCAGAAGGGGUACAAGUGCUACAUGCCCGAAUCAAGAAGAGUUAUGGUCUCAAGGGAUGUUAAGUUUGUGGAAUCAAAAGGGUACUAUGAUGAGAAGAGUUGGGAAAGCCUUCAGGGCAUCAGCCAGCCUCAUACAAGUGCAGUACCGAGCACUUCAUCUUUACCUCCAGUUGUGGAUGAAGCUGCACCAAUUGAAGAAGCAUUCCAUCCUGAUCAUGAGGGGGAAAAUCAACCUAAUUUGCAAGUUAUCCACGAGGAAGCUAUCCGCGACGAAGCUAUCCACGAGGAAGCUAUCCAAGAAGAAGUUGUUCAUGAUCAAAAUGGAAUGCAACAAGAAGUUCAACCAUUAAGGAGGAGUACAAGGGUGAAGAAACCAUCUCAGUGGAUGGACACCAAAGUAUACUUCAACAACAGUGCAGUGUCUCAUCCUAUCCAAGUAACAUGUUCUUUUGCGAGUUAUCCUUAA